AUGCGCCGUUUGCACGAGAGGUCACGGGUCAGAGUUGGGAGGUUCCCCAAUCAGAUAAGUUGCUUAUUGUUCUUGAAGAGAGCUACACUAAGUGCGCCCGAGACAAGCGGAGUACAGAGUCCAAGAGACGGGCAGCAUCGAUGGAUUAAAGCUAUCAAGACUCUUCACGGGAACAUGAUGCCAGCCGUGGAAAACAUUCCAAGUGAUACAUCGCACCUGUUGCGGGAAAUACUUCAGAACAAAGGAAAGAACUUGAACAAUAAUGAUCCUAACAAGAGUAUGCAUGUGAUGAACCACGGACACAAUCCUUCUGAAGCCAGUUCAGCCAUUAUGAUGUCUCACAGUGAAAAUGUUUCCGUUGAUGGGGAUCAUGUCUCAGAUGACCUUGACCCUCAGGUGGACAGUGAGAUGGAGAGUGUGGGUGAGGAGGAGCAGGAUAUGGGUGAGCAGAAAGAUGGAAGUUUCGGGGAGUGGCAGGCAAAUGACAGUAAAGAAGCCAAGAGAGCUCGUGUUGAAAAUAUUUUGUCGAGUAUGAGACAAGUGCCAUCAGACAAUGAAGAUGUGCCUUCUCUUAAGGCCAUGGAAGUCAAGAGACCUAAACGCAAACAGCUCCAGCCUCAGCAGCAUGAUGGUAGUAAUGGCAGCUCGGAGGGGAAGUAUCGCAAGGUGGAGCAGAUGGCCCUCCAGGAACACAUUCGCCAGCUUCAGCAGCAGCUCCAGGCGGUCAAGCGAAAGUGUGACCAGUUGUGUGACGAUGACCUUCCAGCAGAUGAGCGAUCUGGUGACAUGAAUCACAAGAGAUCUGAUGAGGUCAUUUCUAGCAAAGACCAAAAUGGGGUCAGUAAGUCACCAGUACGGGACGACUUUUUCCCUAUGAGAAGGUCCGAGUUGGACUUGCGACAUAUGCAGCAGCUACUUCAGGACCAUGAUCGCUUUGACAAGCUGACCAGUAGUGCUCUCUCCGUUCAACACAUUGGAGACAUGCACAGUGUGAUGGACUCAUUAAAAACUGAAAUAAUUGGAGCCAUUACCAAGGUGGUGGAAAAUGUGAUGAGUAAGAUGAUAGAGAAGCAUGCUGUGAAAGACAAUGUCGAAACUAAGAAAACAGUAGUGGAGGAGGUGGAGAAGGUUUUGCAUGCUCCCAAUCCAGAACGUAAGAGCAACAACAAUACGCCUAAAUCUGAUCCUUUUUCUGACGCCUCUUUGGGCAGGCUCGGCGAGAAGCUGAGUGCUUUUGAAACAAUUACCAGAGACAAUGAUUUAGUAGCUCGUUCUCAACAUGUUCCUCCUCAUGUGCCUUUUCCCCAUUUUCCCUACUACAUGCCGACACAAGUGCUGCCUCCUCUGUACGCCCAGGAACCGGAACAGACAGAGGCACUUCCUCUUAUAGUCAACACACCGAAGAAAAAACGUACGAAAGUGACCGAUACGCGUCUCUCUCCUCGUGCUAAAGCUGCCCUUCUUCAGGACAGUACUCCAAGUUCCUCUCAUCAUCUUGACCUUGAACGACAUUUCCAGUCAUAUCCACACUUCCUGCCACCAAUGUUACCAACAAGUGUCGCCAUACCGAACCCUGGUCUUCAGCAGUCAGACAUUCUCGCCUUUAGUUCGCUACGGGAUAACUGUUUCCCGGAUCACCGCCUACAUAGCCACUCUCCGCCCAAUGACUCUGGCUCUCCGCGGUCCCCCUCCGAAGCCUUCUCUCACAUGGGGAAGUCCGACAUGUUUGAUGUAUCUCCCAGCAGUGAUAUGGAUGGGCAGAUGCAGAUGACCAGUAAUCUAACACCCAUGCACUUACGGAAGGCCAAGUUGAUGUUCUUCUUUGUACGCUACCCAAGUUCAGCCAUUCUCAAGAUCUACUUCCCCGACAUCAAGUUCAACAAAAACAACACCGCCCAGUUGGUGAAAUGGUUCAGCAACUUCAGAGAGUUCUACUACAUCCAAAUGGAGAAGUUUGCCCGUCAGUCGAUUGCGGAAGGAUGCAAGCAUCUCGAGGAUCUUGUGGUGACGGGAGACUCGGAACUCUAUCGAGUUCUUAAUCUGCACUACAACCGCAACAACCAGAUUGAGGUGCCAGAGACAUUUCGGAUAGUGGUACAGUCAACAUUACGAGAAUUCUACCGAGCUAUCUCUGCCAACAAGGAUACGGAGCCAUCUUGGAAGAAGGCUAUCUAUAAGGUCAUUGCCAGAAUGGACGACGCAUUACCCGAUUUUUUCAAAUCAGCAAACUGGCUGGAACGUCUUGGAGAUGCAUAGACAAUUUACAUUUUUCAUCGCAUAUAGAGGUACCAUUUGCGUAAAUCAGCUGGAGUGACGAGAUGCAAGAAUGCCAGUUUCCUAUUGCACGGCUUCUGAUUCGUCAUAGGAUGGUGCCUUGUUUCAAGGCAGUUGAAGUUACAAACAUUGACCCUGAAAAAGGAUUAUUAAAUAUAAACAUGUGUUUAUAAAGAUAUUUAUUUAUUUGUUCAUCAUGUGACAACAAGAAUAUGGAAAAUGCAUAUUUAUUGCUCUUUUUAUAAUUCAGAGAUAAUAUCCAUAAUUUUUAUCAAGUGCUAUGAUUAAUAUUUUAAAUAUUUUUCACUGUUUUUUGACAUGUAACUAUUGCACGAAAUAAUGCAUAAUUGACAAUAUCCAAUAUUGUGGGCAAUACCACCAAGGAGCAUAAUGUGGGAGAUAAUUGUGAAGUCAGACAUAAUGUUUCAAGAAAUGGUCGUUAAUUCGUUAAUGGUCGACAUGAUGUUGCAUACAGUUGUUGCUGAGUUUCGCCGUUACAUACUCUAGUCACUUCAAGCAAUGUGUUCAUCUGCAUCCUGGUCCUUCAGUACAUGAUGUUUAUCUGUGUUCUGUUUUCAUUUCUCAGAUCUGCAUGACAGAUUGUGUAUAUACACAUAAGUUAUAUAGUUUUUGUUGACCUCACAAAAUGCUUCGGACUAAACUGUCUACACUUAGUCCGGACACCAUCUUUGUCAUCACCGUGUUCACCUUCAUAACACUUUUCUCCAGUUCUUUUGCAUUGCUUCUCAAUAAUUCUUUUGCGCAAACAAUCCAUAACUUUGAAGCUUCAUUAUGCGUAACCAUGGUAACUUGUUAAAUUGUGAUCUGCUAUUGUUAAACGUUCCAUACAAUUUCCAACUAAUGCUUGAUUCAAAUCUCCAGGACGAUCAGAAAAUGUUAUAAGGAAUGCAGAAGUUGAUCUUGACCCAAAUGAUAUUACCGAAUUUGUUUUGUUUAUAUUUUGUUGUUAUAAAGAUCAAAGAUCAAAACCAACCGAAUCAAAUAUAUGUGAAAGUUCACUUUGAAUUAGAUCUAACAUAAUCAAAAUGUGUCGUAAUAAUUAGAUCAAAUUAAUUCAACAUAUUUUUGUUAGUUAAAGGGCUUCAACUAAAAUCAAGCUAGGAGUUGACCAUGUUUUCUUGAUAUGUAAUUAUUUUAAUAAUUCUGUAAUAAUCUCAAACAUGUUCAUUGUUAGAUAAUCUCAUAUUCACAAUAUUUGGAGCUAUCACCCCUCCUCAUCCCAUAAAGGCCAAGUACUGAUUUUGAACAUCAGAUAACUCAUGUCUAUUCCUUCUUUCACACAGCGGUAUUCAAUUAACAGACAUUAAAUUUAAAUUAACAGAAUUGAUAAUAGAGGUUUGAGGUAACGAAGAUUGUACUCGUCAAUUUAACAAAGAAUAACAUCAAUGCGCUGAAACUCAGUCACACGGUAUAAAUGUUUUAAAUCCUGGCUUUUUCCUUCAUGGUAUUUUUAGUUUAACUGUUCAUUAUUUACCUAAAAACGAAUUACCUUUGUAAUUUUUUAGAUGUUUGUUCAGACGAUUGUUGCUGACUUGAAAGAUGGAGAAUAGGGAGAAUAUGAAUCUGUGUUUAACAAACUAGGAUUCUUUGUUCAAAAUCAGUCGCUCCAAGUCCUUUUUCUCUCUGCAUCACUUAGUCAGAUGUCAUCGAGAGAAACGUGCAAUGACCUUUCCCGAGAUCUCUGUAAGCUAAGGUAGACAUUUGUAGACAGUGAUUUGUUUAUUUUCAAAUGCAUAUAAUCUGCUAGCUGAUAUAGUGUGUAGAAUAGUAUGUGCGAGCAAUGUUCAAACCUUUUAUCAUAUGCAUGAAUGAGCAUAAUAUUGAACUAUUUCUUACAAUGUGUUUUUAGAUUCUAGUUUUUCUAGCAUUAUUUGUGUUGCUAGGUGAUAACUUGUAUGGUAUACAAGUGUAUAUAUACAUGCACAGAUAGAUGAAUCAGCAUCUUUUACAUGGGAACAUGUCACCGUUUUAUUUCAUGCUUGAAACUAGUAUCCAUAGCAACUAGCUUUCACUACAAGUAUAUACUUUGUGCAAUAAUAGUGCAGGACUUCCAAUACCAAAGGGUUUAUGACAAAUCAUAUUCCAUCACAUCCAGGGGAUGUAGCUAAGAUUAAACUUUGAAAAUGCAUGACAAAAUAAUGUAGUGAAUAAUUAUUUUGAAGGACAUUAUUGUGGAAUUUGUGUGUUUUGUUUAUAGUACAUGUAUUGAACUACGAGAACAGAAAAUGGUUUGAGAUACCCUUUAAUCACUUCUAGAUCAGAAACUAUGCGCACACUCCUGGUACAGGAAGUAGUACGCUGUGGAUAUUGCACCAUAUUGUGCAACCGAUGCUAGUGAUUGGUUGCACUUUGUGCAAUAAUGGGGUUGCAACAGCAAUUAGUCAGUGUAACUUUACAGGUUGGGUGCAUUUGGUGCAACUUGAACGUGUGGUUGCAUUUGGUGCAACUUGCAACGUAAACGUGUGGUUGCAUUUAGUGCAACUUGAACGUGUGUUUGCAUUUAUUGCAACAUGAACGUGUGGUUGCAUUUGGUGCAACUUGCAACAUGAACGUGUGGUUGCAUUUGGUGCAACUUGAACAUGUGUUUGCAUUUAGUGCAACUUGAACGUGUGGUUGCAUUUAUUGCAACUUGAACAUGUAGUUGCAUUUAGUGCAACUUGAACAUGUGGUUGCAUUUAGUGCAACAUUCCUCUGCUUAGGAUUAGUGCAUCUUACUCACCUGUUGGCUGCACAUGGUCGAAGUCCGGCAGGGGAGUUACUUGGACCCUGUGGUUUCUGACUUCGCUUACUUGACUGUGUUGUUUUUAUUUAUUUCUCAUUGUUUUGUUGUGAACAUGUCCAUUGGUGCCAUGCAGUCUUUGCUCAACACUGCGGUAGUCUAACCAGUGUCCCUAGUCGGACGUAUACGGAUCAGGAGAAUUCCAUUGAACUAGUCGUCUUUGUCGUGGUAGAGUAGGAAGCAUAAUACUUUAUAUUUGUCUAUAAUUUUUUGUUUGAAAACUCAUGUCCGAUAUUUACCAUUCCAAAUGAUGUCAUUUACACUAUUAUAAGUAUGUGUGAAAUUAAUUCUAUUUUGAGGUUGAAGUCGUGUAUUAUUAAAUAUCAGCCUUGUUCCUUUGUAUAUACACUACUGUGAGACUUUUGUUGCCUUUUCCUUGCUGGCGGUCAGUAUGUGGUCAACUACUGACCCUGCAAGACGUCAUUAUCUACUCCCAAUGUUGUUAUUGCCGGCCUGUAUAAGCCAGCUCUGUGUGAAGGUUGUGGGGAGAUAACUCUUGUAGUUAGGAAUGCAUGCAACUUGUUGGGAAACAAAGAAAACAAUUAGUGACACAUAUUUUGAACCUAUGUGAUUAUUUUUUUAUUUUUAAUACUCAGUUAUCUUUUCCCAGCACACAUUUAAAAGAUUUUAUUCUCAAAAUUCAAUUAAUCUCUUUAAUGUGUUGACAAUAGUUUAUUGAGGACGUUGAGACUACAAUAUUCAAGUUAUUUCACCAUAUGUCAUGUUUUGACGUUGAGAUUGAAACUCUUCCUAUGUAUUAAUUGACUUAUGACUUGCAAAACAAAUAUAUAUGUGCCAUUAUUGUUUUUAGGAUGCAAAUAUUUCAGCAACACUUUGUUUUCCAUCAGGUUAUUGAAUGAAAGAAGGUGAUGUAAAAUUCACCCAAAUUGUUUUCCCAGUUUAAUUAAGUUGGUGAUUUGUGUAGAACUCCAUGCCUCCUUCCUGAUCUUGUGGAGCACCGGACAUUUCCUGGUGCCCACGCCCCUGUCAGGCGGAUGGUCCUCCCAUCGACACCAUGGGGAUACCUCUAAUACAACGUUGUGAACAACGUCCGCAGUGACGUCCACCAGCGUUGGCGAGGUUGAUCCAAGUUGGGUGUGGUCAGUCAACUGUGACUGGGAGAAAUUUGCCUUUCCACCUUUUCUAUAUUUUCCUAACUUUUACAUGAUAAUAUUGUAGCUGUUAUCAAAUAAAUACUUCUAAAUAA